UCAGGGCUCCACCAGCAGGACCGGAAAAAUACCUCUCAACAUCAGCUCCGUUUGAACCUCCCCCUGCAUCUCUUUCAGUUCGCGAAGCAGUGAACAUACAGUAGCAGUGCCCAUCCUAUCGACGGCAAUGGGACAGCCAGGUUAAGGACUGUUUCUAUUUUUCGUCUUGCUUCCUAACACAAAACCUGACGCCUUUUAAAAUAUUUCAAAUAAUUUACUUUAAAAGGAACUGCUUAUGAACUGCUAAGCUGUAGGAUUUAAAAUAUCAAUAACACAACUAUGGGGGGAGCGUUCUGUUUCAGUGGCAGGACUUUGUUCUAUCUGCUUGUUUGCAAAGCCACAUUUGCACUAUACUUUCCCCAGAAAAAAUACUCUGAGAAUGUCUUUGUUGGACAGCCAGCUGGGACACCCAUUCUUCAGCUCCAUGUGAUGCUCGACAAUGAGUCAGAGACCGCCCACUUCUGCCUGCGUCAAUUAACCGAGUACCCCAAAAUCAAGCUCUUCCACCUGGAUGAGAGAACAGGGCUCCUUUCAUUAAACAGGACUUUGGACUGGAGUGAUUUUGCCCCACCAUCCAAUAGCUGGACUGGUCCUGUGAAGAAGCUGCCUCUACUGGCACGUGCUUCCCAGAAACCCUUCAGAGAUAAGAGCUGUCAUGGGCAGACCGUCCAUGGGCAGGAUGUGUCAAUCUACAUCAACUUCUACAACACCACAGCACCCUCCUGCAGCCAGCAGAUGCCCAAGCAGCUGUGCUUUCCAGAGCAUGACUCCAGUCCUCACAUCAAAGAGAACCGACUGCCUGGAGUUUUCCGUCAGCUCAGACGCCUGCCUCCACAUUACCUCUGCCCCAACCUCACCAUAACCUACAGCAUAGAGACAGAAGAGUCAUCUCCGUUUGUGUUCAAUGAAAGCAGCUCGGAGGUGGCAGUGUCCAGACCGCUGGACCGCGAGGAGAGGGAGGUGUACGAGCUGCUGGUGCAGUGCACUGUGAGGACUGAGCUCAUGCUCACACGCCUCUCACAGCCACUGCUGGUGAAUGUCUAUGAUGAGGACGACAGCGCCCCCUUCCUGAACGGCACAGAUACAGUGGAGGUGGUGGUCGAGUUUAACCGAAAAGAGGGGGCUGUCUUGGGAAAAAUGCUGGUUUAUGAUAAAGACACCACGCCAAUAUACCCUAAAGACCAGAGUCAUAACAAGUAUGUGGGAACUAUGAUGACCAACGACCCCUGGAUUAAAGAAACGUUUAAAAUAGAACAUAUUUUUAAAGAGGAGAAAUUUGGCAACCAGGUGCGAGGGACAGUCCAUGAAUAUAGUCUAAUUCUAAAUAAAACCUUAUCAAUGGAGGAGAAAAGGUCACUCCAGCUGGAUUAUCUUGUCAAUGACACAGAGUUCCAUGGUCCAGAAGGAACAGUAAUGCUUCAUUUCAACAUCACCGUACUGCCCGUCUACAUCAGCUUUACCAAUGUUAGCUUCCUGUUUACUGUAGACCGGAAAGCUGCCCCAUAUACACAGAUUGGCACUGUCUGUGUGGACAACUGCAAGAAAUUCCAGGGAAUCGAAGUCACUUACAAACUUAAUAUAGACAGGAAUGCCUCCUUGCUGGUCAAAACGUGCUAUGCUGCAGUUGCUAUUGAGCAGAGUCGAGAGGAUUCUUCAGCAAUUCUAUAUGUCAAUCGUACUGAUUCACUUCGAAACAAGGAUUGCCAGGACCUACAGUACAUUGUUGUAGCUCAAGAAAGACAGAACAAGCAGACACAGGCAAAAACACAGCUGACCAUUACACUUGUAGGGACAGCAACUGGGAAGAGGAACCUGGAGAAGGACUGUCCCCUGUCAUGUGCUGAGAGAAGACAAAGGGCAGAAUGCGAGACGUGCAGUGGCUUGGGGUCUCCCACUGGGAGAUGCCAGUGGAGACAGGGGAACAGCAAAUGGAUUUCAACCAACUACUCCACCUGCUCUCCAAGCCUCAAGACUUGUCCUGACGGUCACUGUGAUGUCAUUGAGGUCAAGGACAAGGCAAUUUGUCCUCAAGACUGCACAACUCAGAGGAUCAUUGGUGGUCAUGAACAAGGCCUGAUGUCUGGUAUCAAAGCUGGAUAUGGAACAUGUUACUGCUACUCAGAGAACUGUUUCUGUGAGAAAAGUGAUAUUGAAGAGGUCAUGUGUGAUGAUGUCUGCAAGACCGUUAUCGCCACUGCAGUCUUGCUCUCCUUUAUUGUCUCUGUGCUGCUCUCCUCCUAUUUCAUUCACCGCUAUCACAAGAACUCUCCCAAGCCACCAAUAGCCUCUGCUGAGAUGACAUUCCGACGUCCUGCACAAUCAUACCCUAUCAGUUACUCAGCCAACAAUGUGCGCAGGCCCUCUGUCGAUUCCAUGGAGAACCAAGUGGCUGUGGACACAUUUAAAAUCCCUGAGGAUCCAAAAUGGGAAUUCCCACGAAAGAAUCUGGUGUUGGGCAAAACCCUUGGAGAAGGGGAGUUUGGAAAGGUUGUCAAGGCAACAGCAUUCCGGCUAAAAGGGAAGACAGGCUAUACUACAGUCGCAGUGAAGAUGCUGAAAGGUAGAUUUUUGGGUAGUGAUAUACACAAACACAUUCUGUAUCACUUCUCUGAAUAACACAAAGCUUAUCAUUAGCCAGUUACAUUUUAUGCAUGCGGUCCCCUGUACUUGAUAGUAGAAUAUGCUAAAUAUGGAUCGCUGAGAAAUUUCCUGAGAGAAAGUCGCAAGGUCGGGCCCAGCUACAUGGGCAGUGAUGCCAACCGGAACUCAAGCUACCUUGAAAACCCUGAUGAGAGGGCACUGACUAUGGGCGACCUCAUCUCCUUUGCCUGGCAGAUCUCCAGGGGAAUGCAGUACCUGGCUGAAAUGAAACUUGUUCAUCGCGACCUAGCUGCACGAAAUGUCUUAGUCGCAGAAGGGCGUAAAAUGAAGAUCUCAGAUUUUGGAUUGUCACGGGAUGUUUAUGAGGAGGACUCCUAUGUAAAGAGAAGCAAGGGUCGAAUUCCAGUGAAAUGGAUGGCAAUUGAGUCCCUAUUUGAUCAUAUUUACACAACGCAAAGUGAUGUAUGGUCGUUCGGUGUUCUCCUGUGGGAGAUUGUGACCUUGGGAGGAAAUCCAUACCCUGGAAUCGCUCCAGAGCGUCUCUUCAACCUCCUUAAGACAGGCUACAGGAUGGAGAAGCCCGAGAACUGCAGUGAAGAAAUGUAUAAUCUGAUGCUCCGCUGUUGGAAACAAGAGCCAGAGAAGAGGCCAACAUUUUCAGAAAUCAGUAAAGAGCUUGAAAAGAUGAUGGUGAAGAGCAGAGAUUACCUUGACUUGGCUGCCUCCACCCCCGCAGACUCCCUGCUGUAUGACGACGGUCUUUCUGAAGAGGACACCCCUCUUGUGGACUGUAAUAAUGCUCCCCUCCCUCGCACACUCCCCUCCACAUGGAUUGAGAACAAGCUCUAUGGCAUGUCUUACCCGAACUGGCCAGAGAAGAGCCCCGUACUGCUCACCAGACUUGAUGGCACUAACCCUGUCUUUACAAGAUAUGCAAAUGAUAGUGUUUAUGCAAACUGGAUGGUUUCGCCUUCAACGGCAAAAUUUAUGGACAAGUUUGAUAGCUAAAACAGAGUAAACCAUCUCAAAAGUAUGUAUAUGUGUAUAUUUAUAUAUAGCUCUAUAUACUAUGUGAUGCUGAAGUCUGUCCCUUUUUAUUUCUGUAGCUUUAAGCGUGGGUAUACCAAGUUAAUCCACUGAAAUCGGAGGGUUCAAGGAGGCUAUUCAUUGCAAAAUUGCUAUCAUUUCAUGGGACAUGCUUCAUGCAGCUGUUUGGUAUGUUAUUCAUUACCUUGAGGUCACAUUAUGUCAUUGCAUGACUAUUUAAAAGUGGUAUGUCAAUGUUACAGUGUCUUUCGAUUGCUGUGGUGAUAGCCCCAUACGUAGCUCAUUCAUACGUAUUUUAUAGAAAUAAAAAGGGACUACUUUAUAAUCACCUGGUGUAUACAUAUGAGUGUGAAUGGACAGAGGAUGGAUGGAUUCUCAAAAUAGCUCAGCCAACAUGGAUUCUGGAUGGCAAAAUCUACCAAUGUAAAUUAAUUCAAACAAAAAGCUUAUUUAAAUGGCACUUUUAUGUGAAAAUUGAUGCAAGGGUUCAGGAUACAAAUUGUGUUAUUGUAUUUAUGAAGAUAAUCAGUCAAGCUAUUAAAAAAAAUUGUUUCUA